GGCCAGUCGGGUCGACAGAUUCUUCAGCAAUCCUGUCGACGCCUUUUCUUCGAGGAGACGAAGAGUUUACCCUACGCCGUAGGACUGGCCCGGCCGUGUCGUCCCAAGCGGUCGACAGGUUCCAUCAGCCCCGCACGACUGCCACGAUGUCGAUGCGACUGGCCUCAAUUCCGCCUCCGGCCUUUACUGGAAAUGGAUCUCUCUGCAGAAGCGGGGCCCGCGGGAUGGCUACUCGCGGCCGUCUCUGACCAGACACUAGACAAACAGUCUCUCAACAACUUCGUUCCGUGUCGUCAUGUCACGCACAACUCGAAUGACUUGCAGCGGCUACAUCUCGUCCGCCCCUCCGGGCGGGUGCUCGUGUAUGUAUUGACUGGGAACAUUUCUAAUAUUGCUGCUGCACCGCGCCCGCUUCCCCUCUCUAUCGGCCGUCUCGUUUGA